UCUUCACAACUAAAUUCCGGCCAAAUUCUGUAUCCAGUGCAGACCCGGACCGUCCAUAGUGUUGUGAGUUUCUCUGCAAAUGAGUUGUCAAAGAGUGUUAGGUCGUGGUGGACCUUGCUUUUGAAGGUCUGGGAAUCGGCACUAUCCUGCAUCAUUGGCCAACGCACUACGACCUCUGUGUUGUGGGUAGAUCUGAACAAACCCCUGACAAAUCUGCAAGUGUUGAAGUUGGUCUGUGCGCCGAAAGCAAAGCACUCUUGCCAAGAAUUUUGGGACAGCAGGAUGCCCCGUCCAUGGCGUGGUGGCAAGGCAAGGGGCCGUGGAGGAGGCCGUGGCCGUGGCGGUAGCUAUUCAUACAGAGGAGGGUCAACAUCUUCGUCCUCAGCAUCAUCUCAGGGGCUGGUUUCGGGCAACUUUCGUCGUCUGAACAUGAAAGGCAAGCGCUACUUGCGAGCGCCCAAUACGAGUGCAGCCAGUGUGCGUCGACGGCGCUGGGCUCACAAGAACGAACGGCGCAUGCUGGACCGCAGUGAGCACGGUUACGGAGGCAUGGAGGAGCUUCCCGAUGAGAGUGCCGCUGCUGCUGCUGCUGUUGCAGGUGCGAAUGAAUCAACUGGUGUGCCCAUAGCUGACGGUGAUGUGGAGUCGAGCGCAGCAGAUUUACAAGCCACUGAGCCACAAGAGAACAUCAACCCAGCACCCGUGCCCAAGGUCGAAAAGAAGAAGAGGGGCACCGGCACCGCAUGCAUGAAGCCAGCCAAACCCUGCCUUGCUAUGCUCAACGAAUCACUGGGUGGUAAACCAUCCGCCCUGACCGCCCUUGCUGGAUUUAGUAGUCCAGGUUUACCAGAUCAGGAAGCCUCAGGCUGCAGUCAACAGUCCAGUUUCAGUUUUGGAAGUCAGAAGUCAAGCUUCAGUCUUGGGAGUCAGACCUCAAGCUUCAGUCUUGGGAGUCAGAAGUCAAGCUUCAGUCUACUGGGUAACGUUCUGCCAGCGGAGAAGCAAACACAGUGCUACCAGCCAGGGAACAGCUCGAGGUCAAUGUCAGCGCUAGAUUCGCUACUAUCGACUUCUGCGGGAAUAAAAUCUAUUGGAGAGGUUUCAACCUGUCAAGUUACAAACGGUCCAUACAGUGACGAAGAGAGACAGCAAUCACCGCCAGCACUGCCAUCACCACCAGCACCACGACAGCAGAAGAGGUCUGCUUAUCAGUCUAAGGAUUCUAGUGAUGACGAAAAUGGAGGAGUGCCUCCAACCGUGAGAAAAGAGCGUGCCACUCGGCAGUCCAGGGUGCACAGCAGUGAUGACGAUUGCGAGAAGAUAUCUCCCCCUGCGUCACCUUCACCACCACCGCUGCCGAGGGUAAGACCUGCCCGUAAGUCUAAAGGCCGGGACAGGCAAAAGUCCAGGGUGAUCUAUAGUGAUGAUGAAGAUGAAGAGGAUGAUGUACCUUCUCCCUUGCCUUCCCAGCAGAAGAGGAGACCAACCCGUCAAUCGAAAGGCCCAGCCAAUCGAAAGUCCAAAGUUAUACGCAGUGAUGAAGAAGAAGAUGACUCAUCUCCCCCUCCAUCACCACCCCGGAAGAAAAGAGCUGCUCGUCCCAAGAAGUCUGCCUCAAUGCAGGGCGUACCAACUGUGCCUCCCUCUGCUCCUGCUUCAGAGCCGGUGCCACAACUAUUCGAAUUUCCUGGUGGUGAUAUGCCCGGAACAUCAGGCCAAAAACUGGGAACAGAAUCCUCUGGCCCUAUUCUGACAGCAAAUAAUCAAGAAGAUGUUGACGACUUUGUUGGUCUUGCUCUGCACGAGAUGGGAUAUUCUGAAUUCCGGCCCGGCCAGUACGAGGCUGUCAUGCGCAUCUUGGCCGGUCGCUCGACGUUGGUCGUGUCAGCCACUGGUUCCGGAAAGUCACUCUGCUACCAGCUGCCGGCGUUGAUGUAUUGGCGCGAGCGGCAGAGCAUCACGCUGGUCGUGUCACCGCUUGUCUCGCUCAUGAUGGAUCAGGUGGCCAACCUGCCGUCUGUAAUACCCGGUGCCUGUCUGCACACCAACAUGACCAUGGAGAAGAAGUCGCAAGUGUGGGACGAUGUGCGAAACCGCAAGCUGGCUGUUCUCUACGUAUCGCCGGAGUCCCUGGUUGGCCGUGGCAGCCUAUUCCUGCUCAACAUGCUUCCGCCCAUUGCGUUUGCCUGCAUUGACGAGAGCCAUUGUUUGUCACAGUGGUCACACAACUUCCGCCCGUCGUACUUGCAAGUCUGUAAGGUUUUACGGGAUCGCUUCAACACCAGCUGUGUCCUGGGUCUGACGGCCACUGCCACUGCCAAGACUGCGGAAAUCGUGGCUCGUCACAUUGGAGUUUGUGAUCUGGACGAGGGCAUUGUAGGCAAAUUUAAGCUGCCUCCCAACCUCCGCCUGUCCGUAUCGUGUGUGGACAGCCGCGAUCAAGCACUGCUUGAUCUUCUGAAGAGCGAGCCACUGGAGGCAUGUAAGUCCAUCAUCGUCUACUGCACUCGGCGACAGACAACCGAGAAUAUUGCUGAGAUGCUCCGGUCCAUGCUUGGGCCGCGCGACUUCCCCACCAUCGGCAAGAAGCGGCGGCGGAAGGCCGACAGCAUGUACGUCGAGGCCUACCAUGCCGGUAUGGAGGCCAGCCAUCGUACGCGUGUGCAGCGGAACUUUAUGAGCGGUGAGCUGCGCAUCGUUGUGGCCACGGUGGCAUUCGGGAUGGGCCUGGACAAGUCGGAUAUCCGUGCUAUCGUUCACUUUGACAUGCCUUCAAGUUUGGAGAGCUAUGUGCAAGAGAUCGGACGAGCCGGCCGUGAUGGCAAUGUGUCCUUCUGCCACGUCUUCCUAGACCAGAAGGGUUCUGAUUUCAAUGAGCUGCGGCGCCAUGUGUUUUCUAAUGCCGUGGAGCGUUACACUGUCAAGCAGCUUCUGCAGCGUGUCUUCCCGAGGAAGUGCAACUGCGCGGGUCUUAACCAGCAGCAGACUCACACUGUGCAUGUGCCGCAGGAACACUCGACUGUGAUUCAAGAUGACCGCGUGAAGGCCAGCGAGGCCGCUUCUCAGGACACCAAGCAGGAUGAGACGAAUACUGACGCCAGCGCAUGUGACACGCUGUCUUCCAUCCGCAGCGAAAACACCGAAGCAGCCGACAGUGGCCAACUGCCUGACGCUGCCAGGUGUAAGGACGGUCAAGGGGAUGGUCAGGAGAUGACAGAUGGCGGUGUUGUUGAAGCAAGUGAGGCUGGACUUCAUAGCUCAGAGAACGCUUUGCAGUGUGGUGCUGGUGAUAUUACCUCUGAGAAGUGUGACUCUCCGCCAGAUCAUUCGCCUGUUCGAAACCAGCCCGAACCAGUGGUUGAGCCUGAGCCAGACAGUGAUUGCCAGCUGGAUCAUUCAACUGCUCACAGGCAGCCAGAAGUGCGUUGCUUUGGCCACAAUAUCGAGCUAAAAGUUGAACCCCUCACCCACCAGCUUGAUGCUACAGAGGAAACAGUGGCCACGCUCUUGGCAUACCUGCAUCUCUAUGAUGAUGGCAGCGGAGCUAAUGGUAACAAGCAGCGCUGGUGGCUGCAGCUUCUUCCCAACAAGUCUGUCGAUGACACGAAGUUCUUCUGCUUCCGCACACCCGGGGAUCUGAGCGAUGAGGAUCGUGACAAUGCAACUGCCAUGCUGCUGGCUGCUGCUGGUGAUCAUCAGGCAGCCCACUUAUACCGCCUGUGCGCUCUGCAAGAUGCCCUUUCACGGUCUGUAUUACCGCAUCACUUUGUCUGCAAGCGAGGUGUGGACCAUGACGACGCUAAGGUCAAGGCGCCUCUCUCCAAGAAGGAGAUUCUGUUACGCGAGGCGAUUGCUGAGUAUUUUGAUGAUAACCUUGUGUCAGACAGCUGCGCUGGUGAAGUCGAUGUUCCAUCCGAUAACAUUGCCGGUGUGGUUCACCAGGAUGUUAGACGAUUGCUGAGAACUCACCUGGACGUCAGCUGGACAGCCCGCGCCAUUGCUCGCCUAUUCCAAGGCAUUGGCAGCCCGCAGUUCCCGUCCGACGUCUGGUUCCGCAAUCGUACAGUGUGGCGGCGCCAUGCCGAUCUGGACUACCGUUUUGUCUAUCGGGUGGCACGCGAGGAGCUGAUAAGCUACCGGUGAGCGAGCUCGACAAGCAGGGCAUGGUGCUGUGCCUGUGCACCAAACGGAUGUGUUGAGAUAUGUGGCGGGUUUACCAUGUGCUCAUCAUGGCUAUACUCCUGUGUUCUGCUGGAUCGCUCUGUCAGUAACAGUUUUAUGUGUACUAUUCUGUGGCAGCUUCCCUUGUGCAGACUCGUGACUUUCAUUGUGUUUAGUGUACUGAGCAUGCGUUGUUCAUUGGUUUUUACUUUUUGUGUCGCAUUCGCGUUAGACCCGGUGGCGCUAUUCCUCUAGAUUGAUUCUCUCGUGCUGCCACUCCGUCUUGCUGUGUACUGUGUGUCACUAUUCCUAGCUUAGAGCCGCUGGCCGGCUAUGAUACUCGAGCACCAUCAGUCUGCGCUGUGUUACUCCAGCAGAACUCUCGAGUGCUGUGUGUUGGGCAGCAGCUGUCAGUACUACUUUGAAGUAUUCUUAUGCUGUUUGGCACUUUUCUCUCAAUGCACGUUCCCAGGAUCUGCUCGACACCAUUUUUUCUUCAAUUUUUUAUAUCAUACAAAUUCA